CCCAAACUGUGUUCCUCCCCGGGAAACCGAAUCCUCGAGCUGUGGCGUCCCAGGCGCCCGCCCCUCGCCCGCCGCCUGUCCCCGUGUCCCCGCCCGGCCCCGCGCCCCGCGCCCCGGGCCCGAAGAUGAAGCUCUGGCUGCUGCUUGGGCUGCUGCUGCUGCACGGAGCGCUGGAGGAUGUUACUGGCCAACACCCUCCCAAGAACAAACGUCCAAAGGAACAAGGGGAAAAUAGAAUCAAACCUGCCAACAAAAAGGUGAAGCCCAAAACUCCUAAAAUAAAGGACAGGGACUCGGCUGACGCCACACCAAAGACACAGUCUAUAAUGAUCCAAGUGAUGGAUAAAGGUCGCUUCCAGAAGCCUGCUGCUACCCUGAGUCUGACAGCAGGACAAACCGUAGAGCUUCGCUGUAAAGGGAGUAAAAUCGGAUGGAGCUAUCCCGCGUAUCUUGACACCUUUAAGGACUCUCGUCUCAGCGUCAAACAGCAUGAGCGCUACGGCCAGUUGACUCUGGUCAAUUCCACAUCGGCUGACACGGGCGAAUUCAGCUGCUGGGGCCAGGUCUGCAACGGCUACAUCUGCAGGAGGGACGAGGCCAAAACGGGCUCCACCUACAUCUUUUUUACAGAGAAAGGAGAACUCUUUGUGCCGUCUCCCAGCUACUUCGACGUUGUCUACUUGAACCCGGACAGAGAGGCCGUGGUUCCUUGUCGGGUGACGGUGCUGUCCGCAAAAGUCACCCUCCACAGGGAGUUCCCGGCCAAGGAAAUCCCCACCAAUGGAACGGACAUCGUUUACCACGUGAAGCGAGGCUUCGUGUACCUGCAGCCCCACGCCGACCAGCAGGGGGUGGUCUACUGCAAGGCGGAGGCCGGGGGCAAGUCGCAGAUCUCCGUCAAGUACCAGCUGCUCUACGUGGAGGUUCCCAGCGGCCCCCCGUCGACCACCAUCGUGGCCUCGUCCAACAAGGUGCAGGGAGGGGACGACGUCAGCGUGCUCUGCACCGUGCUGGGGGAGCCCGACAUGGAGGUGGAAUUCAGGUGGAUCUUCCCGGGGCAGAAGGAUGAAAGGCCGGUCACCAUCCAAGACACAUGGAGGCUGAUCCACAGGGGACUUGGGCACACCACGAGGAUCUCCCAGAGUGUCAUCGUGGUGGAGGACUUUGAGACCAUCGACGCAGGGUAUUACAUUUGCACGGCGCAGAAUCCUCAAGGACAGACCACGGUCGCUACCACUGUUGAGUUUUCCUGACUUGGAAAAGCAGGUGCGAAUGGACUUAGGGGAGGAACAGGUACGAGCACCGUCGGGGUCGGGGUUCUUCUUAGUAAGUACUUUGCUGGACGCGGAAGCCCAGCACCAUACCCUGCUUUGAGAGUCAGACCCAGACAGCCACGCUAAAGGCAAGUCCCGUGGUCUGUUAAUGGAAGUGUUAAUUUUUCUAACAGAAAGCAUGUAUUUUGAUUGCUUGCCUAGUUUUUAUAAGUAUAUAUGGAAACAACUUUAUAUAAUCAUUUCUAUUAAAUGAGCAAGUUUUUGUAAAAAAAAAUGGCCUAAGUGCUUGUUUUUUAAGUUGGCUUAAAGUAUAUCCACAAGGACUCAUGGCAGCAAUAUUUGUGAAAGAGUACUAGGUAUUGACCCAUGAUCACUACAAUAUAUUAGAAUUUUAAGAUGUACUAAUGUAUAGUUCAACUACUUAUCCACAAGCAGCAACUCAAGAUUCAUAGGUAUAGACCCAUCACUUUUUCUAAGUAGCAACUUCAAGGCAAAUGUGAGCUAAUUUAUAAAGGUAUUAAGAAACAUCAGGGGUACUUGGCUUUCUCUUAAACUGCUAUGCUCAAAAGUACUUAUUUCUAGGUAGGGCGUGGUGGCCCACGCCUAUAGUCCUAGCACUCUGGGAGGCAGAGGUGGAUGGCUCGAG